CUGCUUAGUAUAAUCUAGUACAGGUUGUCUUGUAUGAGGAAAAUAGGAUUUAAACACUGGCUCAUAAAAAAUUGGAAGUAAUUUACAAGAAUCUCACUUUUUGUAUUCAUAGUAAUUAUUGAAGUGCAGUUUUGAAUAUGGGGAAAGUAAACUCUAAACUCAGGAGAGGAGAAUUUCUAACCAUGUGGUUUCAGACCCGAUUCAGUAAUAUAAUGUGAACACACACCCAAAGAAGGUGUGAGAUGCGUCCUUAUGGUCUAAGACGGAGUAUUCGAUGUCCUAAGAAAUAUGGGGAUGCUAUUAAGGAGAGGACAUCUGUGUUGGCACCAAGUCACAUUCUGGACUUUGUGCAUGAGCAGAGGGAAACCCAGUCUCAGAAACCCCUGGACGACAGGUAUAUAAGGAACGCUGCUGUAAUUCCCAAUCUCAAACUGUCACCUGAUGAAGGAGCCCUCUCCCCUGAAGAGAGGACAUCCACCUGUGUGUCAUCCACUAAGCCGGGCUUUGUCAUGAUCCACGGCUUCACGGUACCAGAGUACCAGCAGACGUAUCACUCAGUGGUGGAUCCCCUGCUCUUCAGUCCCUGCGGGAAGCUCACAGCCUACAGUCUGGAACUGGGGCGUAACAUUAAGGAGCAGAUGUUCAAGGAGCUGGCCUACCCGACGCUUCAGAUUUCAGAAAAGCCAAAUGGAAGAGUAGAGGUGAUGGAGAGGUUUUGUGUGCUCCGUCCUACACCUUUCAUAGACAUUGACAGUUAAGGAGUAAAAGAGUGAAAUUCUUCCAGACUUUCUAUGACAGAUGCUAGUUUUUUUCUUGAGUCACUUGAUAUUUUGUUUUGUUAACUGUCCCUUUUUGUUUCUCUUGUAAUGUAAUGUGGAAGACAGAUUCACAAUUCAAUUAUGUCAAAGAAAAAGUUCUGAAAGUUAAGUUAUUUCUUACAAACUGUUGACACAGUCAAAUUAUGCUAAACCUCAUCUGUGAAUGCUGGACUGUUAAAAAGUUCAUGUUCAUCAAGUUCAUGCUGUUACGUCAGGGCCAGAGUCAAUUCCAACUUUCCAUUAGCUAUUGUCACAAAAAUCUGUAUUCAAUCUAAAGCAAGACUUAAUACAUCUUUUUUUCAUGCUUAUGUAUGGCAUAAUGUAACUAGUUAAAUAAACCAGUGAACAUCUGAGGCACAAAUACAAAACUGAAUUUAGUUGUUGUGUUAUUUAAACAUAUCUGAUGUAAACAAAUCAUCAGGAAAGAGUUACUGUUGUUUAGUGUUAUUUUAAUUUGUAUUGUAAAACCUUUUAAUCCUGUUUAUCAAUGAGGUUCCAGGCUUGAGUUUCUAAUGUGUUGAACCUUUUAUUUACACUUGGUUCAUAGAUCGUAAAUAAUUGAAAGUCUGCCUCUUUAACAACUGCGUGAGGUUGUACCAUGAGACAUAUCUUGUGUUUUUUCUAAUGUUUUUCAUGACAGUAAUGCCUUACAACUACAAUAAUGAAUAUGCAUGUUUCAAAAGGUAAAAAUUGAUUUUAUCUCCACAUAGGAUUUCAUGGCUACUUAAAUAAGAGUAAAAAUUAAUGCCUGCUGCACACUAGGAGUAUCAGCCCAAUUUUGGGUCUGAUUAAGUCUUCCUGACGGUGGAGGUGGCGUUGCUGAUUUGAGGCUGAACUGAACAGAUUAUCUGUAUAUAACCAUAUCCUCUUUUUGUCCCAUCUUCCUGAGGAAUAUUACAUUCUUAGCCCACAUAUUGCUUGACUUU